ACGCAACUAGUAUGCGCUCGAACACGGCAUUGCGCACAUCAUGGGCGAGAGUGGGCGCGCGCAAAUCGAUGCGAAUCGUGUGCGAUGUGCCAGGCACGAGUCAGUCGUGACACGACACAACGCAGCUCGGCGCGACGGAGCUGUGCGGCUAACGGUGCCAUCGACUCUGGCUGGGCUGGGCUGGGUGGUGCCAUCGGACGGUGGGUCAACUCCAACGACGACUGCCUCAAGUGAUCCGCGGUCUACUUUUAGGCUGACUCCAGGAGUCAACGCUCAUUUCCUACAGGGCAUCAGCAAUGUCGUCGACUUCGAAAGGGAUACAGUUAUAGCCGUGUAUAGCUGGAAGCGUUGCGGACGAAAACGGUAACAUGGCAGCUGAGUGUCGUGACAGACAGAGACGGCGACAGAGGAAGAGCGAGAGGGAGAGAGAGAGAGACCGAGUGUGUGUGUGAGUGAGUGGGAGGUGAGAGCGUUCUCCAUUUUAUGUACAAUAAAGGAAUUUGCACACACAGCGACAGACAGCGAGACAGCGGGACAACGGGACAGCGGGACAGACAGACGUGCGCAUGAAGUGAACUUGUUAAUGCUGUCUAUAAGCAGCAUUUACAUACGAGUUGACCCCACAUGUACACAUAAAUAUGUUUAUGCUAUUGUGCAUGGGUGUGCAUGUGUGUGUGUGUGUGAGUAAGUACGAUGUCCUGCUUGCUUUUAAGAGAAUGCCCAGCCGCAAGCCUUCGAAUGGACACACUUGACUAAAUGUGAUUACUAUGUAUGUGCAGCAGCAGCUAUGUACAUAUAUAUACACCAACACACACACGUGCACAUGCUUAUGCAUGCCAGCAUGUAUCACUAUGCCCACUCCCAUUGGACCUACGAUGAAGCACCCUGUAAAUCUAUUGUCUAACAUUCUGAAGGCUGCAGCCGACUAACAAUUUCCACUCCAUUUAAAAUGUUCGCUGAGUAUCUUUAAAUCUAAAUU